AUGACUAUCACUAUCUUCCCGCGCCCGAGCCUGGUGCCAGCGACGCUCAACUACCGGCGACACCUGGGCACUCCCGACGCUGGUACAAUCACGGCCUGCGCCACUUGCAUCCUCUUGCGCGCUAGGACGCACCACCAGCUCCUCUCACACCGUCUUUCGCCGAUCAAUACACUUGUCACCGGGACACUACAGAAAUUCAAGAUCGUCCAGAUUGGUCGAAAGAAGAUGGCACUGGACCACGUCGGUUCUCAGAAUCUCAAGCACGGGGCUGCAGAACUUUUCGAAGAUGACGGCACCGAUCACGACAUCCGCUACGACAACGCCUCCAUCGACAUGCUUUUCGAUCGCGCCAGAUUGAGGACACUAAGGCGCACGAAGACGACUCUGCAGAGCCGCAGUUCAGUUUCGCCAGAAUUGCAGCCGGCCCCUCUGCCUGAUGUGUCUGCCAGAGACUCCAGGUUGGACGUGUGCUUGAAGCGCAUUGAGAACAAGGUGAAAGCUAGCUGGCAGGCGCAUGAGGCCCGUCAAAAUGACCAAGACUUCAUGACGUUUGAGGAUGGAGAGAAUUUAGACGCCGAAUUCAGAGCUCUUGCCAGUGUCCUUCCAAUCGGAGCUCUGGAGAGUGACUUUGGAGAGAGUGAAGAGGAUGCUGAGGUGUGGGCCAAUGAUCAAGGCGCGCUACUCAAGAACAUCGAGGCUCCAGACAAGACACCCCCGGAUCCAUCAGUCUGGGAGAAGAUUCUGGAGGAGCGAGAAGCAACCAGAGCGGCAGAGGUGCUAGCGAGAGCAGAAGCUUUUAGUAGGGGUAAGCGUGCUUGGAUGGCUACUAUCAGCUACAGUGUCAACGAGCAAGAUGUGGAAAGCAUAUGA